UUGUCGAUGAGUUGACUUGAUUCCCCCUUAAAGUGUACGGAGCUGGCACGUGAUUUCAAGCAAAUGUAUUGUUUUGUAUAUCAUUCGAUAAGUGCACUCAUUGAUAAUGAUAAAUACAUCAAAUGUUGCCAAUCUUUAGAAUCAUGCUGGUAUUUUGAAUAUGAUUUUCACUAGAAUAGGUACUGAGAGACAGACCAACCAAAAUGUUUACGACGAAAUGUUCAAAACCAUUCUGAUUAUUAUUUCCUUCGCAAACCCAGCAUCUAGCGGGGGUACAUAUUUUGAUUAGAUAUCCGUCAAUGGCAAACCUUAUCAUAUCAGUAUGGUUCUUCACGAGGACUGCUUUCGGGAUAUGGGAUUCAGUUACUCGACACAUUCCGGCCGGACUACACACACUCGACAAACCGACCACAAAAAACCAUGGGUGAAGAGACAUCAACCGACGCUGCGCCAGCCGUCGGAGAGAAUCGAAUUUCGGCGGAGGCGGAGGUUGUUGAAACAGCUGAAGAAGUCCCGAAAAGAGCGAUGGACAGUGAUGUUGAAUCGACGACUAGCGAUGGUAUCCCGCAGUAUUUGUACGAUGCCAUCGAUAAGCUAGCUCCGGGCGAAGGAUUCACGCCAGGUCAGUUCAAGGUCGCCUUCGAGCCGGGAUCCGGAAAGGGCGAUGGAUUUGUAGGGGAAAUGUUCCGGGCCUACAUUAGGGAAGCUGAUCGGGAGUUGAUUGUGCUCUGCAAGAUUCCACCGAGAAACGAAGCACGUCGAAGGCAGUUCGGUUCUUUGGCGAUCUUCGAAAGAGAGGUGAUGGCGUAUUCGAAGUUUCUACCGGCUAUGUACGAGUUUCAACGGGAGCGAGGAGUCACCGAGGAGCUUAAGUUGGGAUUCUUCAAUGCUCCCAAGUGUUACUAUGCAACUCACGAAGAAUCUUUGGAACAAUCCUUGGUAGUGAUGGACGAUUUGCGGCUCGAAGGAUAUCGGAUGUGGAACAAGCUGGUACCGGUGAACUACGAGCACGUCCGAUUGAUGAUGAUAAAACUGGGUAAACUACAUGCAGUUUCGUUUGCCAUGAAAGAUCAACGACCGGAAGUUUUUGAGCAGUUCAAGGUACCGGAUCCGAUGGCUGCAGCUAUGUCGCAAAACGAGCCGUUUCAACAGGUCAUGCUCAGCUCUUUGGAUCGAGCAAUGGGCCUGUUGGAACCUGACGAGACUAAAACUCGCGAGAAGCUGCAGAAAUUACGGGAGAAUUUGAUGAGCGACCUUGUUAAAAUGAGUGAGUCGACUGCUGCUGAACCUUAUGCUGUUCUUGGACACGGUGAUUGCUGGGUCAAUAACAUGAUGUAUCUGUAUCAGAAUGGAGUGCCCAAGGAAAUGGUAAUGGUGGAUUGGCAAAUAUGUCGGUACGUGUCGCCAGUACUGGAUCUGGUGUAUUUCCUGUUCUGCUGCACCGAUGAACAGUUCCGUCGGCAGCACUACGACGAUAUGAUUCGAACGUAUUACGCCUCGUUGAAGGAGCUGCUGGAAAAGCUAGGUGGGGAUGCCACUCGUCAGUUUCCUUACACGGCUCUGCUACGGCAGCUUAGACGAUUUGGACGAUUCGGUCUGAUAAUGGCUGUUUUUGUGAUACCAGUUUUGUGUAUGGAAAACGCAGAUAUUCCCGAUUUGGACCAGCAGGCGGAGAAGUUCAAGGAAACGCAAGAAGUGAAUAUGAGCGCGUUCAUGACUACGGGGAAGGCCGAGCUGAAGUAUCGUAAUCGAAUGGGCGGUGUGAUUCGAGAUAUGGUUAAGUUCGGUUACCUAUGAGCUUUGUCAAACAGAUCAAGGCAAUAAACUGGUUUGACAAACUUGAAAUAGGAAAUUCUUGCUUGUCAUUGUUUGUCGAGAAUAGACUCGGUAUUAUUGUUUGUGAUAAGUUAAUGACAAGCCUUUGGUUUUCGACGUCUUUCGGUUAUUGGAGAAUUGCAAAAUGGAUAAACUACUGUCAACAAAUUACAAGCAAUUGUAGCAGAAAAUGUUACUUAAAAUCGUAAGAUUUGUAUUAAGAAGAGGUAAAUAGAUUUUAAUAAAGCUCGUAUAUAGCUUCCACAUUUGUGGUCUACUUUUGUAAGUUGUAAACUGUUAUUUCUCGGUAUGUGUGAAAUCGUUGUACAUUUUGAGCAAAUACAAACACCCUCAAAAAACCUAUUCUAACAAACAGGCCGAGAACUACGAAAGCAGUAAACUUGAUGAGGAUAAAAAUGGACAAAGUUUUGAGUUUAUCAAGCUUAUAUUUCCGAUAAAAAACACAUCAUUAUUCUGCUUUGUUGAAUAAAGCCUACAGGUAACCAAACUUAACCAUAUCUCGGAUCACACCUCCCAUGCGAUUCCGAUACUUAAUGUCGGCCUUCUCCUUAGGAAUAAAUGCGCUCAUGUCCACUUCUUGCAUAUCCUUGUGCUUCUCCGCUUGCUCAUCCAAAUCGGGAAUAUCUGCAUUGUCUAUACACAGAAUCGGUAUCACGAAGGUAG